GACUCCAUGUGAUCUCUUACAGUUACACACACACCUAUCUAUGUAUAGUACGCGUUAGCUCGACCGAUCGGUGAACUGACAGAGGAAUGUCGGCGUCUUCUUCAAGAGGACGAAGCAGCUCCCCAUUUCACCGCCGGAAGCCGUCCAGUCAGUUCUCUUCUUCUUCGUCGUCGUCUCUCACGAGCGGAAGGCUGAUACCUCGGUCGUCUCCUGCAUCGAACACAUCCUUCUUUGGGUCUGCUGUUGGGAACAGUUCCAGAUCGAUGUUGCCUAGUGCAAAUCCUAGUGGUUCGGCAUAUUCCAAAAGUUAUGGAAAUCGUACUCCGGUCCAUUAUCCGUCCGCGGAUGAGAUGCUUGAUGAACCAGUGGAUGCUUCCAGAUCGGGGGAUAGUAUAUCUGUGACUGUUAGGUUUCGUCCUAUGAGUGAACGCGAAUAUCAGAGAGGGGAUGAAAUAGCCUGGUACCCAGAUGGUGAUAAAGUUGUAAGAAAUGAAUAUAAUCCAGCAACUGCAUAUGCAUUUGAUAGAGUGUUUGGGCCUGACACAAGUACUCUGGAGAUUUAUGAAAUUGCUGCUCGGCCGGUUGUCAAAUCUGCAAUGGAAGGGAUAAAUGGGACUGUAUUUGCUUAUGGUGUCACUAGCAGUGGAAAGACACAUACUAUGCAUGGAGAUCAAUGUUCUCCAGGUAUAAUUCCAUUGGCGAUAAAGGAUGUUUUCAGCAUGAUUCAAGAUACUCCAGGAAGUGAAUUUUUGCUUCGUGUAUCAUAUCUUGAGAUCUACAACGAGGUGAUCAAUGACUUGCUUGAUCCCACUGGGCAGAAUCUGCGUGUUAGAGAAGAUUCACAGGGUACUUAUGUCGAAGGUAUAAAGGAAGAAGUUGUUUUGUCUCCUGGUCAUGCACUUUCUUUCAUUGCUGCAGGGGAAGAGCAUCGUCAUGUUGGUUCAAAUAAUUUUAAUCUGUUUAGCAGCCGCAGUCACACUAUAUUUACAUUGAUGAUUGAAAGUAGUGCCCAUGGAGAUGACUAUGAUGGAGUGAUAUUUUCCCAACUGAACUUAAUUGAUUUAGCUGGGUCUGAGAGCUCUAAGACAGAAACAACGGGAGUAAGGAGAAAGGAAGGAUCAUACAUAAAUAAAAGUCUUUUAACCCUUGGAACAGUUAUUGGAAAAUUAAGUGAAGGGAAGGCAUCACAUGUUCCCUAUAGAGAUUCUAAACUCACUCGCUUGUUACAGUCUUCAUUGAGUGGGCGUGGACAUGUUUCUCUCAUCUGUACAGUUACUCCUGCAUCCAGUAAUUUGGAGGAAACUCACAAUACGUUAAAAUUUGCAAGUAGGGCAAAACAAGUGGAAAUAUAUGCAUCACGCAAUAAGAUUAUAGAUGAAAAAUCUUUGAUUAAGAAAUACCAAAGAGAAAUAUCUUGCCUCAAGCAAGAACUUGAUCAGCUAAGAAGUGGGAUGGUUGUGGGUGUCAAUCACGAAGAAAUAGUAAGCUUAAAACAGAAGUUGGAAGAAGGACAAUUUAAAAUGCAGUCAAGAUUGGAGGAGGAGGAGGAAGCUAAGGCUGCUCUAGUGAGCAGAAUCCAGAGGCUUACAAAACUCAUUCUUGUUUCUUCAAAGAAUUCAGCACCUACCUAUUUGGGUGAUGGCCGUGAUGCAUCUUCCUAUCCACAAAGCCAUUAUGCUUCUGAAGACAAUAAGUUAGAUGCUCUCCGUGAUGGUUCUUUGCUGACAGACAGCGACAAACAGAACUCGCCAUCAGAUACUUCGGUUUCUAAGCACAAAAGAACUUCUAGCAACUGGAAUGAUGAUUUAUCGCAAGCUGGUAGUACAAUUACUGAAUCAACUCAAGCGGGUGAACUUAUCAGUGGUUCUUCCAGUUCAAAACAUCCUGCAGAACAAUUCUGUAUUUCAGACCAGAUGGAUCUUUUAGUUGAGCAAGUCAAAAUGCUUGCUGGAGAUAUUGCAUUCAGCACCAGUACACUAAAGCGCCUCUUGGAGCAAUCUGUAGAUGAUCCAGGGAGCUUAAAAAAUCAAAUUCAAACUUUGGAGCGUGAAAUUCAAGAGAAAAGAACACAAAUGAAAAUUUUAGAACAACGAAUUGUAGAGAGCGGUGAAACGUCAAUCGCUAAAUCAACUUUCAUUGAGAUGCAACAGGUGUUGACAAAAUUGACAGCCCAGUGUAGUGAACAGGGGUUUGAGCUCGAGAUCAAGUCCGCAGAUAAUCGGGUUCUUCAAGAACAGCUGCAGAUCAAGUGCUUGGAGAACGAGGAGCUGCAAGAAAAAAUUGGUAACAUGGAACACCAGUUGUCUAAUCUCAAGAGUGAAAAAUUAUCACUCUCCUCUGAACAGUGUGUGCGUGAUGAAUAUACAGAUGAACUGAAAAGGAAACUUCAAAUUCAGGAGAUUGAGAAUGAGAGGUUCAAGCUAGAACAUGUUCAGAUUGUGGAGGAGAACACUAGACUUCGUGUACAGAACCAGAAACUGUCAGAGGAGGCUUCAUAUGCAAGGGAAUUAGCGUCAGCUGCUGCUGUUGAACUGAAAAGCAUAGCUGCAGAAGUCACCAAGCUCUCGUUGCAGAAGGCAAAAGUAGACAAAGAACUAUCUGCUGCUCGAGAGAAGUUGAUGAGCUCUAGUUGGAGUUCUGGUGUGCAGAAUUGUAAUGUUGGAAACCGCAAUAGCAUUGAGAGUAGUACAAGGCAGGGUCGUAGAGGUUAUCCAUCCGGUCGGGCAAAUGAAGUCCUUCAUGAUGACUUUGACACGUGGGACCUAGACCAUGAAGAUUUAAAGAUGGAAUUGCUGGCAAGGAAACAGCGCGAGUCUGCUUUGGAGGCUGCCUUGGCUGAGAAGGAGGCUAAGGAGGAUGAGAGCCGGAAAACUGUUGAAGAGGCAAAGAAAAGGGAAGCUGCUUUGGAAAAUGACUUAGCUAAUAUGUGGGUGUUGGUUGCACAGCUGAAGAAAGACAAUGGAGUGAGACCAGAUUUGAAGACAAAUGAGAAGCAACGUGGCACAGUGAAUGACAACGAUCCUGUCUGCUCAGAAUUUCAAUCCCUUGAUAAUCCAUCUCCACCUCCUGAAAUUCCAAAAGAGGAGCCACUCGUUGCACGCCUUAAGGCUCGAAUGCGAGAGAUGAAGGAAAAAGAGCGUGGGCUCUCGGGGAACGGGGAUGCAAAUUCACAUGCGUGCAAAGUGUGUUUUGAAUCACCAACUGCCGCUAUGCUUCUUCCUUGCCGUCAUUUUUGCUUGUGCAAGUCUUGCUCCCUUGCCUGUGCCGAGUGUCCGAUUUGCCGGACAAAGAUUGUAGAUAGGAUUUUUGCUUUUACUUAGAAGUUACCACUUCGAGCUGAGGUGGUUGCAAUGGAGAGAUACAGAUAUAAUACAGGUCUUCAAUAUGUGCGCGCCCUAUAUUGACCAAUUUGCUCAACUCUGUGUAACGAUUGUAAGUGCUAUCAUAGUGUUCCUGUGUACAUUUGUGUGUUGUAAACAUCAAGUUGAGUAGCAAAUGCAGAAAAUAUCAUUUACAAAGGAGUAAUGUGCAAAUUGAUAAACCCAUAUGCAACUUGAAGAGUAGAUAUGCAAAUAUGCGCUGAAGUGAGAGAGAGUAAAACACCAAUUUGGGUUUGAGAUUGCAGCACCAUUGGAAUAAGAAAUGCUACAUAUCUUU